UCAAAUCGGAAAGCCAAACGAAAUCCGUCUAGGGGAAAUAAUUAACUGCGGGGAGCACACGAAUCCGUCUUUCUCGCUUCUUCCUCUUCGUCUCCGGACUCACGGUCGCCUCCUUCCCUCGUCGCAGCCUCGCACCGUAGCCGCACGCACCUCAUCGCCACAAGCAAAGGCCAAAGGAGGACUCGGAAGCAGGAGCUCGCAGCUUCUCGAAGCGCCGCGCCGGCGUGGGAGGAGGAGGAGGGAGAGCCCGCGAACCCCUCCUCUCCCGAUCCGAGCACCGUACGGCGGAUCGACUCCCGGCCGCGCCUCGCUGGAUCCCCGUGGUUCCAUCACCGGAGAUAGUUUUGCUGGAGUCGAUCUGGUGGGGGGCUUGGAGCUUGAGGCGGGGUUGAGAUGGAGGACUUACUGAACACGGAGAUCGGGAAGCACGACUACGACUGGCUUCUGACUCCCCCAGGAACACCCCGUUUUCCUGCAUUGGAGGUUGCUGAGAAAGUUCCACCCUCAAAUGUGUCCAAACAUACUACCACUAGAUCAUCCUCCACUACCAGGGCAUCAAGGCUUUCUGUUUAUGAAACAGAGAACAGGCAUUCCAUAGUUUCUACUAGACCUGCACGAUGUAACUCCCGCCCUUCUAUCCAAUCUGCUCCCUUAUCUAGCAAUAACAGGUCAUCAGUGCUCAAUGGAAGCAUUUCUUCUGUCAGUUCGAGACCUACAACACCGAGCAAGAGGAUUGGCACUGUUCCCUCAUCGAAACCAUCAGUUGUAGCUUCACAUCCAGUGGUAGCACGGUCGUCUACUCCAGUCAAAACCCGUCCGGCGACUCCAGUCAAAAUUCGUCCAUCCACUCCGGUCAAAACUCGCCCGGCUACCCCAGUCAAAACUUGUCCAUCUACUCCAGACAAAACCCGUCCAUCCGUUUCCAACUCCAUGCCCAACUCAACUGCUGUGAAGGCCACAUCAGCACAGAACUCAAGGUCUUCAACUCCAACAUCUCGGCCCCGAAGCUUUUCUAGCUCAUCUUCAAGCACAGCUCCUGCAGUGAGUCGUCCCAGCUCAUCCUCUGGCACAAUACCUGCAAUAUGUCGUUCUAGCUCUUCUUCAAGUAAAGCUGCUUCAGUGACCCGUUCUAGCUCUCGAUCAUCUACACCAACACGCCAGCCUGUCAUGCGUUCAUCAGCUCCACCCAUUGCUCGCUCACCUUCUGUUGGGAGGAUUUCUGGCAGCAAUAACUUAACAUCUAGUGGUCGAUCGGUAGAGAGCCGUGGUCGAAUUUCAGCACCUUCGUCAGCACCAUCAUCCCGUCCAAGUUCCCCAAAUCCACGUCUGCGAGCUCCAGUUAAGACACUAGAUCUUCCACAUUUCCCAAGUGAUACUCCCGCUAACUUAAGGACUAAGAUACCAGACAGACCACUCUCUGCUGGUAGAGCACGGCCAGGAAUUGGUCUGGGAGCCAGGUCAGCCCCAAAUGCUGAACCAGUUACAUCAGCUCCUGUGAAGAAGAUGUCUGUGCCUGCUAUUACUCGAAGUAAAUUUUCUGAUGCACCAUCCAAGGCACCUUCUCUUAUCAGUGGAAACCAGAAUAGACAGGCUGAGAGAUCUGUUAUGGACAGCCAGCCUGCUAGACCCUCCCGGUCUGCCACAAGUGCAGAAAAUGGAUUCGGCAGGACAAUAUCAAGGAAGUCAAUUGAUAUGGCAAUCAAGCACAUGGACAUUCGUCAAAACUUGGGUGGCAUUCGUGGUGCAUCUCUAUUUCCUCAUGGCAUUCGGUCUUCUACUGCAAAGGGCCAGCCAACUCGCAGAUCAGAUCCUGGUCAUCACAUCUCAAAUGGUGACCAUGGCGCCUAUACCGACAAUGGUAGUACCAAUGGACACUUCUCCGGUGAUUCCAAUGGAGCUCUUUCAUACUAUGGCGGUAGCUCAACUGAUUCCCCAGAUAGAGAAAGCAUUGGAGCUAAAGAGACAUUGAGUGAAGUGGAUAUAUAUGGCUGUUCAAGGUAUGAGGACAUGUUGCUUAGGGAGGACACAAAGAACACGGACUGGUUGCACAGUGUCGAUGACAAGUUUGACCAGAGCCCUGUGUUCGAUCACCGGUUUGAACCACUCCCAGAGCCAUUUGGUCCUAUGUGAUGUUUACCAUUUGUAGAGGUGUUGCCCCUUGUUCUUUUAGCUCCCAGUGAUUGCAAAGUUGUAUGCUGUUUCUGUUUGGUCUUCCACUUCCCCCAUCUUUUUUAUAGAAUGUGCUCAAAGAUACUAAGAUUGUGGGGUUUGUACUGUGUAUCUUUGGUAUAUGGGGACUGCAGGCUCAGUUUUGAAUGUUUCUGAACUGAAGAUCCAAGUGCGGCAAAACUAGUUUAUGACCUUUGCCUCAUGAAUAUUAUAGCAUUGGCAUUUCCAAGAUACAACUAUGAAA